CGCGCGCUAAAAUUCUCGUUCCUUCAAGCGGUUAAUUUGACGUCUCUCCUAUUACCGGCCCUCCUCUCCCCUCCCCAUUCCCCCAACAUCUCAUCCCUCUUUAACCACUGCUACUACGGCCUGUGCCCUCUCCGUAGCUCAACCUCUCUCCCUUAUCUCUCCUUUUUUUAUUAUUCUUUGCUUGCGAGAGAGGGAGAGGGAGAGGGAGAGGGAGAGAACCUGGAGGUUUCUAAUUUCAGAAUACAAAAUGAAGAAUAAAGAUCCUAAGCCAGGGGCAUAUCCUGAUAAAAGUUCUGGGAUAGUCCCCAUGACCUUGAUGUUCAUAGUACUAUGUGGAUCCUCAUUCUACCUUGGGGGGAUAUUUUGCUCUGAAAAGGUCAUAUUUUUUAAGAAGGAUGAGACACCAAUGAUUCAGUCUCGCAAGGAAACUGUUGUGGCUCCUCUUCAAAUUAAGUCUCUUGCAUUCCCUGAGUGUAGCAGUAAUUAUCAAGAUUACACACCAUGCACAGACCCUAAGAGAUGGAGGAAAUAUGGUAAUUACAGGCUUAGUUUCAUGGAACGCCAUUGUCCACCAAUGACUGAAAGGAAUGAAUGCUUAGUGCCUCCUCCUGAUGGAUAUAAGCCACCAAUCAGAUGGCCGAAGAGCAGAGAUGAGUGCUGGUACAGAAAUGUACCUUAUGACUGGAUAAACAAUCAGAAAUCUAAUCAACACUGGCUGAGAAAAGAAGGUGAAAAGUUUUACUUUCCUGGUGGCGGUACCAUGUUUCCCAAUGGAGUUGGUGCCUAUGUUGACUUGAUGCAAAAACUGAUUCCUGGAAUGAAGGAUGGAACGGUCCGAACUGCUAUUGAUACUGGGUGUGGGGUUGCAAGUUGGGGAGGUGAUUUGUUAGACCGUGGAAUUUUAACUGUUUCUCUUGCGCCUAGAGAUAAUCAUGAGGCUCAAGUACAGUUUGCCCUUGAACGUGGCAUUCCAGCAAUUUUAGGAAUCAUUUCUACCCAACAUCUUCCUUUCCCAUCCAAUUCAUUUGAUAUGGCUCACUGCUCCAGAUGCCUUAUCCCAUGGACAGAAUUUGGUGGGAUAUACCUGCUAGAAAUACACCGAAUUCUUCGGCCUGGUGGCUUCUGGGUGCUUUCUGGACCACCUAUAAACUAUGAAAACCGUUGGCGGGGGUGGAACACCACAGUGCAAGAGCAGAAAGCGGAUUUUGACAAAUUAAAGAAGUUUCUAGCGAGCAUGUGUUUCAAAUUGUACAGUAAAAAAGAUGACAUUGCGGUGUGGCAAAAAUCUCCAGAUAAUAGCUGUUACAAUCAACUCACUCCAGCUUCAUACCCACCAAAAUGUGAUGACAGCAUGGAUCCUGAUUCAGCAUGGUAUGUUCCACUUCGCUCUUGCAUAGCUACCCCAAACCAAAACUUCAAGAAGUUGGGGCUGCAAUCUACUCCAAAAUGGCCUAAUCGGCUGCAUAUAGCUCCAGAGCGUGUGUCCAUGCUUCCAAGUGGGAACUCUGGUGGGUUCAAGCAUGAUGACAGUAAAUGGAAGUUGCGGGUGAAACACUACAAGACCUUGCUUCCUGCUCUUGGAAGUGAUAAAAUUCGAAAUGUCAUGGAUAUGAAUACAUUGUAUGGAGGGUUUGCAGCAGCACUUAUCAGUUCUCCUGUCUGGGUAAUGAAUGUUGUCUCUUCUUAUGGAGUAAAUUCCCUUGGUGUGGUCUAUGACAGGGGGCUGAUUGGCACUUAUCAUGAUUGGUGUGAGGCAUUCUCGACUUAUCCUCGAACAUAUGACCUCUUGCAUCUUGAUGACUUAUUUACUGCAGAAAGUCACAGAUGUGAGAUGAAGUAUGUUCUCCUUGAGAUGGAUCGGAUCCUGCGUCCAAAUGGAUAUGUGAUAGUCCAUGAAAAUAACUAUUUCAUAGAUGCUAUAACAACCAUUGCCAAAGGCAUGAGAUGGAAUUGCCAGAAACAUGACACUGAAUACAAUGUAGAGAAAGAGAAGCUGUUAAUAUGUCAGAAGAAACUUUGGUAUGCAAAGCUCAGUCAGCAAUAAGUAGGAGCCGAUGAAAGCUUAGCCAAAUUUUAGGUAAAACUAAAUGGUAUAAAAAACCUUCAGAUUCUUUCAACGGAAACAUUCAAUUCAGUGCAGACUUCUCAUGAUCGGGCCCAUAUAAAGAUUUCCAAGCUGACGUGUCUGCUUUAUUCCCUGGGGUGGUCUGGAGUUGUCUCAGAACACCCAAAAUAGAUUGCCGGAAUCAUAGUAUUCGGUAGGUUCUGGCUGUCACAUAUUCUUUAUUAAAGGACAACAGCAAGGGUAUAUUUGUAACAGGAUUUGGGAGCAAGGCUCAAAAUCAACUGUAUUUUUAUGCAUGCUUUGAUGAGUUUUGAGGGCUACUGAUUCAGGGCAUACAACUGAAAUAUCAUUAGAAUAGAGGAACAUUCAUGUCCAGACAUUAUUGUGUUUCUGUGUUUGUUAGACUUGCGAACAUCUCUAUCUUCUUCGCCCCAGGAAUGUCAAAUAUUUAAGUUA